AUGGAUACCUUAAGUAAAAGUAUUAAAAAAAGAAAACGAAACCAAAAAUAUGUAAUAUCAUUAUGUAGCGAUGAAGAUGUAUAUUUUCUUGGUAAAAAAAAAAAAAAUAAUGUAAACCUCAAAAAAGAUGAUAAAAAUUCAUUGAAAGAGAAAAAAAUGUAUAUCAUAAACAAAGUAUAUGAUACAAGAAACAGAUGUACUUCUUUGAAAAAUAAAAUGCUGGAUAAUGAAAAAAAUAAACCAAUGAAUUCUAUUUACGAAAAAACAAAAUAUAAUUUGGAAAAAGAAAAAAUAAAAAUAGAUAAAAUUCAUAAUGAAGAAAAAGAAACAACGAUUGAUGAUUUUAGUAAUAAUAGCAAAAGUGAAGUAGUUUUUAUAAGAAAAGAAAUUUGUAAUAUAAAUUCAGAAAAUAAAACUAAAAUAAAAAAAUCAGAAAAAAAAAUAGAAAUUAAUUCGGAAAUUAAAGAUCAAAUAAAAUCAAAAAACAGGCAUGAAAUGAACUUUGAAAUUAAGGAUCAAAUAAAAUUAGAAAAUAACAAUGGAAUAAAUUUAGAAUAUGAUAAGUACAAAAAUAUGGAAGAAAUACCUGUGAUAAAUGCAACAAUGGAAGAAUUAUCAAAUCCUAUCUUAUUUUUUGAAAAAUAUAAUUCCAUUGGAUUAAAAUAUGGAGCUAUGAAAGUAAAACCUCCCAAAUUUUUUGAACCUCAAUUUAAUUCGUAUUAUUUAAAUAUGAAAUUUAAUAUAAGAAGACAAAAAAUUAAUGAAUUAAAAAAAGGAAAGGAAUUUGAUCAUCCAGAAGAAUAUUGGUCUUUAUAUGAAGUAUAUAAAUACAAUGAAAUGCUUGAAAAUCUGUAUUUUUCCAAUGAAAAAAAAAACUUGGAAAAUAUUGAAAAAAAAUACUGGCAAAUAAUUAACAAUGAAAAAGAACAAGUAGUAUCUAUAUAUGGGGCUGAUUUACCAGUAUCUAAAAAUCAUCCUACGUGCCUUUUUCAGAACAAUCUUAAAGAGAACUUUUUCUACGAAAAAUUAUCAAAUGAACUCAAUAAAAACAAUACAUAUACAAAUUUUGAUAAUAAUGAAUAUAAAGAAGUAAUUAAUAGUGAUAAUAAAUGUAAUAUACCAUAUAAUAAAUAUGAUAUGGAUAAAAAAAAAUCAUCUUUAUCUUUUUAUAAUAUCAUUAACGAAGAAUUAUCCAAAAAGGAACAAGAUAAGACAGUCGAAGUAAUAAAUAUUUCUGAUGAUGAAAAUAUAAUAAAAAUAGAAAAAGAAGUUGAUAAAACCGAGAAUAAGAAAGAUAUGAACACAAACAAUGUAAGAAAUAAAAAAUAUCAGCAAUUUUCAUUAAAAAAGGAAGAAUAUUCUAUGUUAAAGCAAAAAGAAAAAUAUUAUUCUGAAAUAAAUAAAAUAAUAAAAGGGAUUAAUGAAAAUUUGAAUAUAAAAUCAUUGCCUUUUAUUAAAGGUUCUAUGCUUAGAAACAUAGAUAUCUUGAUUGAAGGAGUAAAUAUACCCUGGUUAUACAUUGGAACGCUUUUUUCUUCAUUUUGUUGGCAUACAGAAGACAACUAUUUUGCUUCAAUAAAUUAUCAACAUUGGGGAGAACCUAAAAUUUGGUACGUAAUACCCCCUCAUUAUAGUGAUAAAGUAGAAGAUAUUAUUUAUGAAUACUUAAAAAAAAAUAGUAGGAGAAAAAAAGGAAAAAAUAAGAAUAAAGAGAAAAGCAAAUAUUAUCUCCAUAGUGAAAGCGAAAAUGAAAAUAUAAAUGAAGAAAAAAAUAAAUUAAAUGAAAAUAAUUUUAAAAAUUAUAGCAAAGGAAUAACAAAUACCAAUGUUUCUGGAAGCAAUGCAAAUACAUAUAUGCUACAAAAUGAUUAUAAUAUUCAUAACGUUGAUCUAGGCAAUGUUGAAUUAUUAUACAGAAAAUCUUGUUUAAACUAUAAAAUAGUUGAUAAAAAAAAAAUUAAUUUUAAAAAAGAAAAUGCUAAGCAUAAAAUAUAUAAGUUAACCAUACAAGUACCAAUUGAUAUUUUUUUAAAAAAUAACAUUCCUGUAUAUAAAAAUAUACAAAGAAAAAAUGAAUUUAUAUUUUUAUGGCCAAAAACUUUUCAUGGUGGUUUCAACUCAGGUUAUAAUUGUAAUGAAGCAUGUAAUAUUGCACCUACUUUUUGGCUAUUUUAUGGAUUACAAUCAUAUUAUAAUUAUAAAUAUUUUAGAAACACUUGUAUUUCUAUACACUUUAUUUUAUUCUCUAAUUUACUGCAUUAUCACGAAUAUACCUUUAGUCAAUUAAAACAUAUAAUAUAUUCUUUGCGAUAUAUACUAACAGAUGAAUAUAAAUUUUUCAAUGAAAAUAAAGCGUUGUUUAUCGACUUUACUUUAAAUCGUGAUGCUCUUUUAAACAAUAAAAUUAUGAACUACUCGAAUCAUUUAUCAUUAGACUUAAAAAAAAUGUAUGUUCAUUUUGAAUACCAUAAAAAUAAACACUUUUUUUUUCAAAAUUUAAAGAGUAAAUUAGACUUUUUUUACAAAGAUUGUGAUGCUUGCAAUUCACCUACUUUUAACAGUGCAAUUAUAUGUCCUCAUUCAAAUGAUAUAGUAUGUAUUCAUUGUUACGAUGAACAUAGUUGUAACUGCAAAUUUAGAGUUACAUUAAAAAGAUAUACACUUUUAGAAAUGAUGAAAAUUUUAACAUUUCUUAUACAUUAUGCUAAUAAAAUAAAAGCAAUUAAUGAAAAGGAAAUUAAAUUUGAUGAUAUACCAGAUUAUAACUCUUUGAAAAUUUUUGAAGACAAAAACUCAAGUAAAUUAUAUAGUUUAAUUCGUGAAACAAAAAAUUCAGAUAUAGAAAAGAGAACUAAAUCUACUUAUUAUACUGAUUUAGAAAAUUAUUGCCUAGAAAAAAUAAAAAAAAUAAAUGAAGAGAAAAGAAAAAAGAAAAACUAUGAAAAUGAUAAUUUUGUUAUAGAAGAUUAUUAUACAAGUUCAAAUCAUUUUAAAACAAAGUUAACUUUAAAAUAUUUCUUUUUAACAUAUGAAGAAGAAAUGGAAGACAAUCCCAUCAAAAUUUUACCAAAAAUUAUUGCAUAA